UACCAUUCCGUUAGCUUCCUUUCAUCUCUUACUCUCUCUCAUCUCUCAUGGCUUCCGGUAGUUGCCGGUUCUUAAAUCACCACCGUUGAAAUCAUGAAAUGCAACUAUGCAUAAUCCAUAACUCAUAGCUCAUAGUUUGUUAUCUUUCCGGUUCCUCGCAGUUUCCCGGUCGCCGGAGAGUUUCUCCGGCGAACUCUCACGACUGAAGAAACUUCUAACUCUGAGUUUAUUUGUCGUUUUAGUUAUAUUCCACCGUAGAAUCGUUAGUAGAAGGAAAAAGAAUAGUAGAGUAAUAAUAUCUUGAAGACUAAGAAAGCAUCAUGUUAGAUCUUAAUUUGAAUGCUGAUUUGACUCAGAAUGAUGAUAACUCGGUCAUGCUACUGGAAAAAAUUCCAGAAGCUUCUUCAGGAACUUCGAAUUCCUCAAUCGUGAAUGCGGAGGGGUCGAGUAAUAUCACCGGAGACGAAGACUCGUGUUCAACACGCGCCGGGGAUGUUUUCACCUUCAAAUUCGGUAUACUUAAGGUGGAAAAAGGAAACGACGCUGUUGCAACGAAAGAGCUGUUUCCGGUGAGUACAGGGAACUGGCCGCAGGGGGAGACUUCGACGAUGGUGAUUCCGGCGAGGAAGAGCGUGAUGGAUCUUUCACUUGAUCGUCAUCUUGGAGGUGAAAAUGGAGUUGCUCAGGUUCCGCAACGGCCUCAGGUGAAGAAGAGUAGGAGAGGACCGAGGUCUCGAAGCUCUCAGUACAGAGGAGUCACGUUCUACAGAAGAACUGGAAGAUGGGAAUCGCAUAUCUGGGAUUGUGGGAAGCAAGUUUAUUUGGGUGGAUUUGACACUGCUCAUGCUGCUGCUAGAGCUUAUGAUCGAGCUGCUAUAAAGUUCAGGGGACUUGACGCUGACAUUAAUUUCAAUCUAGUUGAGUAUGAAGAAGAUAUGAAUCAGAUGAAGAAUCUUUCAAAGGAGGAAUUUGUGCACAUACUACGUCGCCACAGUAAUGGUUUUUCAAGGGGGAGUUCAAAAUACAGAGGAGUAACACUUCACAAAUGUGGUCGUUGGGAAGCUCGAAUGGGACAACUCCUUGGAAAAAAGUAUGUAUAUCUUGGGCUAUUCGACAGCGAAGUAGAAGCUGCAAGGGCUUAUGACAAGGCAGCUAUCAAAUGUAAUGGAAGAGAGGCUGUGACAAACUUUGAGCCAAGUACAUAUGAACGUGAGAUCAAACCUGAAGCUAUCAAUGAAGGUGGCAGUCACAAUCUUGACCUCAAUUUAGGCAUAGCAACUCCAGGACAUGAACCCAGAGAAAACCGAGGGUAUCGUCAGUUUCAGACCGCCCCUUACAACCUGCAUUCUGGAAGGAAUUUGAAGAUGGAGACUAAUGCUAAUUCAGUUAUUAGUGACCCGUCUAUGAAAAAGCUGGUUGUAACUGAACAGCGUCCUUCCAUGUGGAAUGCCACGUAUUCUAGUUUCUUUCCCAAUGAGGAAAGAGCAGAGAGAAUUGGCAUUGAUCCUUCAAAAGGACCUCCCUACUGGGCAUGGCAAGCACAUGGCCAGGGCACUGCUUCCCCAGUACCACAAUUCUCUACUGCAGCAUCAUCAGGAUUCUCUAUUUCAGCUACCUUUCCGUCAAAUUCCAUCUUUCAAACACAACCUAUGAACUCAAUCCCACUCCGUUUCACUCCAUCCAUCGCAUCUGGUAGCAAUGCAUCUCAAUACUAUUAUCAGGUGAAGUCCUCCCAGGCACCACCGUAGCCUAUAUCAUGUAAUAAUACAUAUAUAUGAUUGGCAAGUAUUCACAACAAGUAUUUGCGUUAAAACUCAUUGUAUAAUUCAGUUAGGAUUUGUUGAUGUAUACUGAGAUAUGACAUUUUAAUUGCUUAUCUUGGUUAAACCAUUAAUUACUCAGAAUAUGUAUGAAGAUAAAUAUUUCAUGAUCCUUUUA